AUGGCGGGCACAGAAGUCAAGGCGCUGUCGUCGGCUCAGUGUAUACUGCUGACAGUGCAUUAUGCUAGCGAGGCCAAUAUCCGGGCACUGCAUGCCUUCACGCCGCUGCGUCUGGACGUACUAUCGCCCGAACUGGUCCUGCGCAUUGUGCUAAGUUACUUGCCAGAGACGCUCGACCCUUCGCUCUACACGACGUACGUUCGCGAGGUGGCCACGCGCAUCUACUUGGAGCAGCAGGAACCCUUUGACAUAGACACGACUCCUGUGGCUGCCCUGUCUGCCGAAAAGGCUCAGAAGCGCGUCAACAAGCUCUCCAUCGCAGACCUUAGUCCGCCAGCCUUCCCUCCUCAUGCGCCCGCCGACUUGUUGACUCGCUUCGUCAUCCACCGAGCGAAUCGCAUCGACAGCGAGACGGGCCUCUUGACUUUAGUCCCACGCCUGGCAGAACCAUUCCUCGAUACCAACGACUACCUGCGCACCUGGUACGUUUCCGUCGUCUUACCCUUGCUACGACUCCGCUACGACUACUAUCCCGAGAAGAAAGAUCCGCCAACUCUGCCCGCUUUUGAGAGACUAGAUGGCCAGCAAGGCAUCGACCUCUUGCUCGAAAACGUGACCGACGUCCAACAUGACAUCACUUCAUCCACCGACUCGGAAGGUCUAGUCGCUAGAGAUACUAGAGCAAUGGUUGGACCCUGGAUGUAUGGCCACACGGAGCGCAAGAGACGUCGCCUUGACGACGAGCCAGAACCAACACAUGACGAACAAGAUAUGGUUCGCUCUCCUCCCCGUACUGCCUUCAUCAAACUCGAUGGCGUGUCGAAGCACGACAAGACGGGCCACGACUGGGAAUACGUCUUUGAAUGGAUGGUACACAAUGCUGUAAACAACUUUCCGCUAGUCACCAAUCUCAUCGAAGAGUGGGACGGUCCAGGAGACGUCGACCUCGGCGGGUUCCACAAUCCUCAAGCCUAUCUCGAUGAUGACACCCAAGCCAAACUCGAACGACAGUAUGCACAAGCUGCCUUUGCUUCUUGCUAUGCCGCUGAAGCCGAUACUCCGGAGACCAUUGAUGGUGCUCAUGGAAUCCUUGUUCGUCUAGCUCAACUGCUAGAUUUCGAGCCUCCUCCAGAACUUGCCACUAGUGUCAAGCAGCUACCCAAGGUCGACAAGCACGCCGAGCUAUUACAUGCCACCGAUUCAACCAUAUACCUCGAGCCAGAUGUCCUCUUACGGCCCGAACAUCCUCUAGCCACUCCCAAACUCGAAACAUACAUGCUUCUACAAAUGAUGGUCUACUCGGCAUACCAGCUCAAUGGUCUUGGUCACAGUAUCUCCAUCCUCAAUGUUGCAAAAUUACGGUUCUUCUCUGAUGAGGACGAACAAUUGAGUCUCUUGCUCAAGAUUGUGCAUGGUCUGGCUGCCAAAGGAAAGCGUGAUGAACAGCAAUGGCAGUACGAUUACGACAGAUUGAUCUGGUUAUGGAACUGGAAUAUUGAGCUCGAAGAUCAAGGUCGCAGAGGUGCUGGCAUCUUUGGCCGAAUCGAAAAAACAGUCAUUGAACGCGAACUGCUCAAGGUGCUAAUUUCAAGUGGAUGUUAUUCGUUGAUCGAUCGUUUAUACUUUUCUCCUUCCGACCUUCGCCAAAUAAGGUUAGAAGACAUGGAGAAAGUUAUCCUCGAUCAGGCAAUGCAACUUUACGACAAUGCCAGCAACGGCAAUCGAACAAGAGGCAGUAUGAAGAAGGCCCAAGAUCUAAUUACUCACUGCCAGAGUCACUUCCCUCAAAGUGCCGAGUUCAAGAAAGCUCUGGCAUUAAUCGCUGCUACACACUCCAUGUCCUUCUACUCACUGACGUUGCAACACGGCGUUCCUUUUCAGCCCGUGAAUAUUCGCGCUAGCCUGGACCCCCUAUCGCUUUUGCCAAAACUGCUCGAACAAAAUGCCAACAGUUACACAAAACUUGAUGACCUCAUUGGAAUUGGUCGCAACCUAAUAGCAGCUGGUCUACCUCUUCGCAAUGCCGAUGGCGACCUCAUCGAUCGAAGUCUGGAAACAGACAAUGACAGAAAGGCCAAGCUCUUGGUUGCCGAGAAGAGGGUGAUAUACAUGUGUGUCGAGGCAGCACUCACUGUAGGCGACUUUGAGACUGCAUACUCAUAUGUUGUCAACAGACUGGCUCCUCAAGACACUAUUCCGUCGUCUACAUCAGAAGAUGAAUCGGCAGCGCAAGAAGACGAUGUAUCCUGGCGUGCAGCCUUCUUGGCUGGUCGCUACAGACCGCAAUCAAACGCUCAGCCCACCCUUCGUCGUCUAGAUCAACGCACCGAACUCUUGAGCUUGGCCCUUCUCCUGGCCCCACCCGCAUCCUUGUCCGAAGUCCUCAACAUAUGGCGACGCUGCGAAGAAGAAACCAAUGCUCUGCUCGCCGCCGAAACAGAAGCAGAAGAAGAAUUCGACGAUCGCGCAGACAAACGCAUCAGCGUGCCUGGAGGCUUCUCAGACGUGUCAACAGAAGGCAUGGUAUUCGGGCAGCCUCGCCGCGAACUCGGCCGCUCGAAUGCGGAGGCUAGACGAGGCGCCGAUGAGGAAGCACCCAUGGGAUUAUUCGACGUGGCUCGGGGUGCCGCAAAGGCGUUUAGUAGGAAUGCAUUCCCCUUGCGUGGUGCAGCAGCAUCUUCGCAACAGCAGCAGCAUUCGCAAAUGCACGCACAACAACAGCAUGAGGCGGUGCAUGAAGGCAUGGACGAUGCAGGCAGAGUGCGCAGGCGAGACAUGAUUGCAAACACCGUGACAGGUGGUCUGGCAUCUGGAAUUGGAUGGAUGCUUGGUGCUACUCCAGUGGACAGGAGUGCAGAUAGAUGA